AUAAAUAAAUACUUCAGGUUGAUCUGAGCCAUGUGUCAGGUUACUGUUCAUAUUUAAACAGUAGCUGGUGUGGCAGGGCUGGUUUCUGCUGUCAUAUUUGUGUGUUUUCUCUGCUCAUCACAGCAGAUCAAGCACCAUCAAAAAAGCAAGAAGGAAGCAGCUCAUGCCUUAAGUUCUGUCAGCACUUAAAUGACUUCAUUCAGCUCUUCCUUAAAAAUGAAUUUGAGUAUCUUGCAUUUGAUAGGGUUUUUUUUUCUCUCAUGCCUGUUUAUCUUCAUACAAGGUGUGCACCUAGUAUUAUACAGGAAUAUGCAGAGGCAGUUUUGUGUAUUAUUGAGGUGUGGCAGGUGUCUAACAUUUCUUUCCAUACCGAAGGAACACUUUGAGAAGAGCUGCCUAUGAGUGACCUGGUCUUAUUGUCAAAUUACUUUUGGAUUCCAGCACAAGACAAUGACUGAAUUGUUUAAUGCCGCAGAAGUGGACAAGAAGGCCUGACAGGAGGACUGGAACACAGAGUGGAGAGUGAAAAGUGACCCACAAGUCUCAUCCAUUUAACCAUGACGCCCAGACCAUCAGUAAAACCAACUAAAACCCCUCACACCAACACCACAACAGCUGCUCCGGGGUUCCUGCCCUCUUUACUGGACAGGAUUCCUUUGCCAAGAUGGGCCAUCUAUGCUAUAUUUGCUGCCAUCGUCCUGCUCAUUCUUAUCUGUGUGAUAUGCUGCUGUGUAAAAUGCUGCUGCAAAGGGAAAAAGAAGAGGAAAAAGAAGCCAGAUGAGAAAAUCAACAUGAAGGGGAUCUCAGGGACUACAACCACAGCACUGGUCCAGCCUGAGACGGAGGACACUGAAUAUAGCUCGUCUGACCAGCAGAGAGGAAAACUGCAGUACUCACUUGAGUUCAAUGCAUCCAGAUCUGAGCUGACUGUAGGAAUAAAAGAAGCCGCUGCUUUGAAAGCGAUGGAUUCAGGAGGGACAUCUGACCCCUAUGUGAAAGUCUACAUCCUACCCAACAAGUCCAAAACAUUUGAGACAAAAGUCUUCAGGAAGACCCUUAACCCCGUGUUCAAUGAAAAUUUCAAAUAUCAGAUCCCUCAAAAGGAGCUAACCGAGUCGACACUGGUGAUGCAAGUGUAUGACUUUAACCGAUUCUCCAAGCAUGACAUUAUUGGAGAGAUCAGACUGAAUCUGUCCACGGUGGACUGGAAUCAUGUGAUUGAAGAGUGGAGAGAUCUCAGCGAAGCUUCCAAACACGAGCAAGAGCAUCUGGGAGAGAUCUGCUUUUCUCUCCGCUAUGUCCCGACUAGUAGUAAACUUACUGUGAUCAUUCUGGAAGCCAAAAACCUGAAGAAGAUGGACCAGGUAGGCUCUUCAGACCCUUAUGUGAAAGUACAACUGAUUCUUGAAAAAAAGAAGUGGAAAAAGAAGAAAACAUCAGUGAAGAAGCGGACGCUCAAUCCGUACUUUAAUGAGUCUUUCACUUUUGAUGUGUCUUUUGAACAAAUUCAGAAAGUCCAGCUGGUCAUCUCAGUGUGGGAUCAUGACAAGAUGAGCAGGAAUGACGCGAUCGGCAAGAUCUAUCUGGGCUGUGAUGCCACAGGAAACCAGCUGCGCCACUGGGCCGAUAUGCUGUCCAAUCCACGCAAGCCUGUGGCUCAGUGGCACACUUUACUGUCCGCUGAACAGGUGGACACGACGCUGGCCCUGAAGCACACGCUAAAGAUCCCAUUCACAAACAAAAACUUCUGAGGAGCUUCCAAUCUCAAAAAUACACAAUUUCCUUUAUGCUUUUAUUAAGUUAUCCAGACCUUGGGACUACACAAAGGGACCAGUACCCUGCUGAAAAAUUCAGCUUAAACCAGCCUAGGCUGGUUGGCUGGUUUUAGCUGGCCGA